UUUGCAAGAACAGUGUCCGGAAAUGUAGAGGUAGAAAAUGUCAAGCUGCUAGAUCGUUAUACCAACAAGAAAUCAGCAAAUGGGACACUGUAUUUGACGGCUACUCAUCUGAUCUAUGUGGACACCUCAACGGACAUUCGAAAAGAGACAUGGGUCCUCCAUCACCACAUAGCUACUGUGGAGAAGCUACCACUGACCGCGUCUGGCUGCCAGCUGCAAAUUCGUUGCAAGAAUUUCCGUGUGGCUCGUUUUCUGAUGGUGCAAGAACGAGAUUGCCACGAAGUCUACACCUCUUUGCUGAAGCUCUCGCAACCAGUGAAACCCGAAGAACUUUACGCCUUCUCUUACAACCCCAAAACGCCUGAAGGCAGCCGAGAAACAGGCUGGAAGUCAGUAGACGUCAGAGCAGAUUACCUGCGGAUGGGCAUUGACAGCAGCUCUUGGGAAAUUAGCAAUGUCAACCAGGAUUACGAGGUUUGCAGCACCUAUUCUCGGGAACUAGUCCUGCCUAAAGUGGCUACUAGGGCGAUGAUCUUGGGAAGCGCGAAGUUUCGAAGCCGAGGUCGGAUACCUGUGCUUUCGUACUUCUACAAAGAGAAUAACGCCGCCAUCUGCAGAUGCAGCCAGCCUUUGUCUGGAUUUAGCACUCGCUGCCUGGAAGAUGAACAGCUGCUGCAGGCGAUUAGGGAAGCCAAGGCAGGGAGUCAGUUCUUAUACGUGGUAGACACAAGACCAAAGUUGAAUGCCAUGGCCAACCGAGCUGCUGGAAAGGGCUAUGAGAAUGUGGAUAAUUAUGAAUGCAUCCGUUUUAAAUUCAUCGGCAUUGAAAACAUCCAUGUGAUGAGGAGCAGCCUGCAGAAACUCCUGGAAGUGUGUGAAGCAAAGUCUCCUUCCAUGAGCGACUUUCUUACGGGCCUCGAAAACUCAGGCUGGUUGCGACACAUUAAAGCUGUGAUGGAUGCUGGAGUCUUCCUGGCUAAGGCAGUCAGAAAUGAGGGUGCCAGUGUGGUGGUGCACUGCUCCGAUGGCUGGGAUCGCACGGCCCAAGUCUGCUCUCUAGCUUGCCUCCUUCUGGAUCCCUUUUAUCGGACGUUGAAAGGAUUCAUGGUUCUGAUAGAGAAGGAGUGGAUUGCGAUGGGCCAUAAAUUCUCACACAGGUGUGGCCAUCUUGAAGGGGAUCCCAAGGAGGUCUCUCCCAUCUUCACACAGUUCCUUGAAUGCACCUGGCAUCUCAUGCAACAGUUUCCUUGUGCGUUUGAAUUCAACGAGCGGCUGCUUUUUGAAAUUCAUGAUCAUGUCUAUUCCUGCCAGUUUGGCAACUUCCUAGGGACCUGUCAGAAGGAUCGAGAAGAUCUAAAAAUCUUUGAGAAAACACAUUCCCUGUGGCCUUUUCUCCUGCAGAGGAAGCUGGAAUUCAGAAACCCACUCUACAAGGGAUACGCUGCUUACACAUCUCUCCAGCCCAAUACGCUGCCCUUCAGUUUCCAGUUCUGGUGUGGCAUGUAUAACCGUUUUGAUAAAGGGAUGCAUCCCAAGCAAUGUAUUCUGGAUCAUCUGCUUAGCUGCACCAGCCAGAAUUUGCAGAUGGAAAAUAACGCUGCAGACCUGGAACACAAAUUGCUUCUCUCAGACGGGCUCCUGCCAAAUGAAACACCUGCCUUCUCCAAAGGGAUUGCCUCUUCGCUGGACAGUUCCACCUCCCCUAUGCUCAACACCCCCCAGGACUAUGACAGCCCUGUGCUGCUGGCCAACAGCGCUAUCGUUAAGAAAGAAGGCGACAGACCCGAUGGGCAGGUGAUAAGCGAAGUGGGCCUCACUCCUCCCACCGACACCCCAAACGGCAACGGCUGCAGCCCAAGCACCAUCCACAGCGUGCCUCUUUGGGGCAGUGACCAAGCAGAUCUCCAGAGGGCCUGAAGCGAUCUUCACCUCUGCUGGAAGAAUCGUAGUAAAGGGGCAAUAAAGGCUGUGAGAUCCGCGAUGCUGUGCUGGGAACACCACCUCACUGACCCGUGGCCUACUGUUGUAUUCUGUGUUCUCAAAGUGGAGGAGGACAGAGCCCGGUGGGGACUUUGGGGCAAACUCCCAGAGGUUAGGGAUAAUGCUGAUUUAGGGGCUGCCACAGUUCAUUCAAGCCAAAUAGAUUUCCCAAACGUUUGUUUUGGGGGGGGGGGAGGAACAGAUGUUCCCUCGGCCAAUUGAUGCCCUUGUUGGGUCCCGUGGCAGGUGACCUUUUCUAAGGACGAGGAGAAUUUAGAUAGCUAAAGAAUGAAAUGCAUCCGUGUACUUCAAAAGGAGGCUCCCAAUUCCUUGAGUUCCACCGGAGGGCAGGGUUGCUUCUGAGUAGCCCCCCUCAUCCUUCUGCGAGCCCCUUUCUCCCAUUUGGUCCAGCGGUUGGCAAGGUGACCUUGAUCGUUGUGGUGCAGUAUUUGGAGCGUGUGGGUUUUGGUCUUUGCAGGACUUCCUGUCUCUUGUGUCUUUUGUUUAACUCUUCUGAACAGGCCCCGCCUUCUUACUAGUUCUCUUCAUGGUCCAUGGUCUUGAAUGUGUUUGUGGCAUGUUAGGAUAAAAACUUAAGGCAUCUGCAAAUGUCACGAUGGUUCGUUUAUCAUCUGGUGUCACUUUGGAGAAUGCUUAGGAACCUGGCUGUAGGAGAAGGAGUGUGAGAAGAAUUUUAAAAAGAUUACUUCUGCCUGUGGCUACGUAGGGAUUCUAGGCUGAUCCCUCUUUUAACCCCACCCACCCCAGGUUCUGCAGGUCCUUCUACUUUGUCCAAGUUAUCAAGCAUCUUCCUUGGUUUAAGUGCCAGAUUGCUUUCUACUCAAGCACUCAAGAAUAUCCUACCUAAUUAUCAGAAUGGACCUGUACCUCCUUAGCAGCAAAGCUUCCACAAAUUGAAUGCCUGCCUGAAGCUUCACUAAGAGUCUGACCUGGACCAGAAUGCAUGUUUCACGCAUGUUUUGAACUGAAAGGAAACCCGCGUUUCCUGUUUUGUUAUUUAGGGGAGGGCUUAAUGCCAGCAAGGAAAAAGGCCUCUGGAGUCCAUCAACAGAAGCACAUGCAGAAUCUGUGUUACUUUCUACUUAGUGACACAGAUGAAAAAAACUUAUUGGGAGAAAACAAACUUUCACCCUUCAUAUUCUCUGAAACAAGGAAAUGACCGUGGAUUUUAUGAAGAUCCAUCUUCCUGGAAAAGAGGAGACAAAACACACUUGAGAAUGUCCCUGAAUCAAGAAUUCCAGCUCUGGGUUAGCUUACAGCUACAAAAAUACAUGGGUUGAGGCUUGGAGGACCUCUAAUAGAGAAAGAACAGUUUUCCCUUGAUAAAUAAUUAGUUCUUCCAACAUAAUUUUAUUGGAUCCUGCACAUCUAUACUAUAUCUUCCAUUUUCUGCUGCAUCAGUGGAUCAGAUCACAGUAACAUUCCCCGAUUGUUUUAGUAAAGCAAAUGUUUCUCCUAAGGAGAAUCACCUCGACAUCCUUGUUCCAAAACUAUAGGGGUGUUUCUUGCUCUUCAGCUGCCUUUGGUGCUGAGUUUCAGGAUGUCCUUUCACACACGCCCCUUCAUGGAAAUACUGUCGUCUUUAGGAAAGCAAAUGGACUUGAAUCCUUGCAGGGCAAAAUCCUGGAAUCAGGCAGCUUUCAAAAAGUGUUAAGUACGCGUUUCAGAGGAUAGUGUUUAGUAACCUUUCAAGGAAGUGUGUUGCACAUAUGUGUGUAUGCACAUGCUCACACCAUUGUUGUCUUCAUUGCGGCACUUCAAAACUCCCUGGAAUACUAUUAUCCAAUAUGUCUAUUGGUGUGGUUUGAAUGGCUUGUGAGCAAAAUAUCUGAAAUAUUUUUGGUUAUAGCAUCCCAGUAAAAUUCAUCAUCUGAUGAACUCAAAUAGUGCAGGAAGAGAAUUUGACCAAUUGCAUGGUUGCCUGUCCACUUUAAAGUAUCUCUUCAUUGUUAUGUGUGUCUGUGUUGUCAAACAACAUCCUUGUUGACGUCUGUGAUGUUUUUUGUAUUCCAAGGUCUAACAAAUUGUAAAGUGAACAUACAGAGAUUUCUUUUGAAAGGGUUUGCUGGUUCCCUUUUGCAGAUAGUUAAAACUGUAUUGCAUAUCCAGGCUGAAAUAUUUUUCAGUCCCUAUAAAGUUUGACUGGCUGUAUUUUCGUCUUGCAAGAUUGUCUAAAACCAUGUGAUCAGAGACUUUUGAUAACUCAUCCUGAACGUGCGUCAUGAGUCCACUUGAAGACCUGCUAAAA